AUGCUCAGGCUAAAUGUGUACUGCUUUCUAAUUCCUAGUCCAAGACAAGCCAAACUUGGAGCCAGCUAUAAAUCAUGGAUCAUUAGAUACCAUAGAGCUCAGAAACCAUUACCGUUGGUUUCUGUGAAAGCUUUGAAAGAUGAGACUAAUGGGGGUACAAGCAGCUUCCCAGGCCGGAGCUGGGAGCCUGGCUUGGAAAUUGAGGUCCCUUUUGAACAAAGGCCGGUGAACGAGUACUCAUCUCUGAAAGAUGGACCUUUGUAUUCUUGGGGUGAACUGGGUCCAGGACCCUUUUUCCUUCGUCUUGGUGGACUCUGGUUAGUGAACUUCACAGUUCUUGGAGUUCCAAUUGCAGCGGCAAGUUUCAAUCCUUCCACGGAACCAUUAAGAUUUGCGCUAGCUGCUGGAACCGGAACUCUAUUCCUUGUGUCAUUGAUCGUUUUAAGAAUAUAUCUGGGAUGGAGUUAUAUUGGUGACAGACUUCUAUCAGCUGUGAUCCCAUAUGAAGAGAGUGGAUGGUAUGAUGGACAAAUGUGGGUAAAGCCACCAGAGGUCCUGGCUCGUGAUAGACUGUUGGGCUCUUACAAGGUUAAACCAGUCAUCAAGAUGUUAAAACAAACACUCGUUGGAACAGGAGCAUUGCUCGUGGCAGCGGUAAUGCUAUUUGUCUAUGCUACACCAGUAGAAGAUUUCUUUCAAACGAUUUUUUCCACAAAAGAGAACCCGGCAAUUGAUCAAGCUUCAGAGAUCAACACAAAGUCCAACGUGAGAAAGGAGGAGUUGCUUAGAUUGCCUGUGGAGGUGAUGGCUGAUGAUGAUUUGGCAGCCGCCGCUGCUAAGGCUGCUGAUGGAAGACCAGUCUACUGCAGAGACAGAUAUUAUCGUGCAUUAGCAGGUGGCCAGUAUUGCAAAUGGGAAGACCUGCUUAACCGAUGA